AUGAGCUCUCUCAAGCGAAAGGAUGCCCCUGGGGGUACUCCUCCAUCAAAAGCGGCUAAGGCCUCCAAGGUGUCUCGGCCCUCGAAGCGCGAUGCUCCCAGCAAGGACAAGAAGACGACCGACGAUGCUCCCGCGCCAAGGGCUCCCGCCGUCUCAGCGCUGCUCAAGGACGACGAGCCUCUGUUUCCCCGUGGCGGCGGCACUAUUCUUACACCCCUCGAGCAGAAGCAGAUUACCCUGGAGGCAAAGGCAGACGCCGCGAAGGAGGAGGCCGAAUUGUUCGACACGAACGUCAAGGGAAAGGCAAAGAAGGAGAAGAGGAGGAAAGCAAAGGAUACCAAGGAUAUGAAGCCUGCCAGAGAUGAGGACGCAGUCAAGAUUGAGGGUCUCAACUUCAAGCGACUGGUGAAGGGGUCCUUGGUGCUUGGCCAGAUUAGCCAAAUCGACCCGGUCCAGCUAACGAUCGCUUUGCCGAACAACCUGACAGGACAUGUCUCGAUCGCCUCGAUCUCGGACACAAUCAACUCCAAACUCGAGAAGGACGCCGCCGACGAGAGCGAAGACGAGGAGGAGGACGAAGAUGACGACGGAGUUGACCUCAAGUCCAUGUUCAAGGUCGGCCAAUACGUUCGCGCACAUGUUCUGUCGACCGCAGACGAGUCCGGGUCCGGAAAGCCCAAGCGACGCAUCGAGCUAUCCCUUCGGCCUACCGAAGCCAAUACUGGCAUUUCCAGCGACGAGGUUGUAACAUACACAACCCUCAUGGCGUCGGUCACCAGCGUUCAGGAUCACGGUUAUGAAAUGGACUUGGGCGUCGAUGGCGAUUUGAAGGGUUUUCUUGCCAAGAAGGAAGUCGGUCCCGACAUGGAUGAGGCCAGCCUGCGACCAGGCGCGGUCUGCCUCUGUGUCGUGAAGAGCGUUACCGGCAUCAUUGUCCAGCUGUCGACCGACCCCUUGAAGCUGGGCAACACCUCACUUGUGGCUUCGACUGCUCCGACAAUCAACUCUUUUUUGCCCGGAUCCCUGGCCGAUGUUCUGCUCACGGAGGUGACCAGCAGAGGCCUGCAGGGCAAGCUUCUCGGGCACUUGCCGGUUACCGCCGAUUUGAUUCACUCGGGUGUUGGCCCUGACGGUGUCGAUCUGGAGGCCAAGUACAAAGUGGGCAACCGUGUCAAGGCAAGAAUCAUCUGCAAUUUCCCGGCUGCGCGAGAGCCUAAGCUCGGCAUUUCUCUGCUGCCGCACAUCGUCUCAAUGCAGCCCAAGUCAUCCGGCAAAGGUAGCAGAGCCAAGGCCCCUCUUGACCUGCUCCCCAUUGCUUCAUUUGUGGAAAAGUGCACCGUACGUCACGUUGAGCCUGAGAUUGGUCUCUACGUUGACACCGGUGUUCCUGGAAUCUCCGGCUUUGUUCACAUUUCCCGCGUGAAGGACGGCAAGGUUGACGCGCUGUACGAAGCCAGCGGCCCUCACAAGGUCGGUUCAACACAUCGCGGCAGAGUCGUCGGCUACAGCCCCCUGGACGCAAUGUUCCUAUUGUCAUUUGAGCAACAAAUUCUCGACCAACCCUUUAUUCGCCUUGAGGAUGUCCCCGUUGGAGAGGUGGUUUCUGGCAAGAUCGAGAAGGUCAUCGUUGGCGAGAACGGUGUCAGUGGCCUGAUCGUCAAGUUGGCCGAAGGCAUUAGUGGCUAUGUGCAUGAAUCACAUUUUGCCGACGUCAAACUCCAGCACCCUGAGAAAAAGUUCAGGGAGGGGGUCACCGUCAAGGCGAGAGUGCUCUCGGUGCGACCGCGGAAGCGUCAGCUCCGCUUGACCUUGAAGAAGACUUUGGUCAACUCAGAUGCGCCGAUUAUCAAGAACUACGAGGAGGUUGAGGUUGGUCUUCAAACCCCUGGAACAAUCACAGAGAUUUCCUCUGUCGGUGCACAACUCGAGUUCUUUGGCGGUGUCAGAGGAUUCCUGCCAGUGUCCCAGAUGAGUGAAGCCUACAUCAAGGAUCCUAGAGAGCAUUUCCGUGCUGGCCAGGUCGUCAGUGUCCAUGUCCUUAGCGUGACGCCCGAGGACCGCAGGAUGAUCGUUUCUUGCAAGGAUCCUUCGGCCUUCGGUCUGGAUAAGCAGGCUGCGCUUAAGGCACUGAAAGUUGGCGACAUCGUCUCUGCCAAGGUCAGCCAAAAGACGGAAGAUGAGGUCUACGUUGAUCUCGAGGAGAGUGGUCUCAAGGCCAUCAUUCGCACUGGCCACCUCUCAGACAAGUCUGCCAGCAAGACUCUGGCCGCCCUGAAGCGUAUCAAUGUCGGCAACACUCUCUCGGAGCUGAUGGUCUUGGACAAGAACGAGCUCAGACGUGCUAUCAUCCUUACCCAGAAGCCUAGCUUUAUUGAAGCCAGCAAGAACGGCAAGCUUUUGACCAGCGUUGAGGAUGCGACAGCCGGCACUGUCGCACCGGCUUACAUCCGGGAGAUUGGUCCUCAUGCUGUUUACGUUCAGUUUGGUGGCAAUGUGACCGCGAUCCUGCCCAAGAGCAAGUUGCCAAAAGACGUGCAAGAAAAGGAGGCAUUUGGCAUGCGCAAGCACCAGAGCAUUGAGGUCAAGAUUGUUUCUUCCAACCCUGAGCAGAACCGCAUCAUUGUUGCUCCCGCCUCGGCCGACGAACCCGCGUCAACUGCAUCAGAGGCCGCCGUCAACUCUGUUGACGACAGCAUUAAGACAAUCAACGACGUUGCACUCGGCACUACCCUUAACGCCCAGGUGAUUUCCGUCAAGAACACACAACUGAAUGUCAAGGUUGCCGAUAACAUUCAGGGUCGCAUCGAUGUUUCGCAGUUUUUCGACAAGUGGGAGGACGUCACCAACCGCAAAAACCCUCUACAAAAGGUCAAGGCGAACGAGAUUAUUCGCGUACGCGCCAUUGGCAUCCACGACUCUAAAAAUUACCGCUUCCUGCCAUUCUCCCACCGCUCAACACACUCUGUCAUCGAGUUCUCCGCCAAGAAGAGCGAUCUCGAGACUGAAGAGGUCGAACUUCUUUCCUACGACAAGAUCGAAGUUGGCUCAUCUCACAUCGCUUUCGUCAACAACCACGGCAAAAACUGCUUGUGGGUCAAUAUUUCACCCACUGUCCGCGGUAGAAUUGGCAUCAUGGACGUCUCCGACGAUCUCUCUCACGCUGGCAAUCUCGAGAAGCACUUCCCCAUCGGUUCGGCUCUUAAGGUCCGUGUGGUCUCGGUCGACGCCGAGAAGGGACACCUUGACCUGUCAGCUCGAUCAUCCAGCGGUUCUACCGAGGUCACAUGGGACUCAUUGAAGAAGAAUGUGGUCCUGCCUGGAAGAGUGACCAAGGUCAACGAUCGCUCAGUCAUGGUCAAGCUCAGUGACUCCGUCUCUGGACCGGUCCACCUGGUCGAUCUCUGCGAUGACUACGACGAAGCCAAUACACUCAAGUAUAACAAGGGCGAGAUCAUCCGCGUCUCGGUGGUGGAGGUGGACAAGAGCAACAAGAGACUCAGACUCUCGACCCGACCCUCCCGCAUCCUCAGUUCCACAUCACCCGUCGCGGAUCGCGAAAUCACAAAGCUGUCCCAGAUUGCCUCUGGUGACAUUAUCCGAGGUUUUGUAAAGAACGUUACAGAUAAGGGUGUCUUUGUACAACUUGGUGGCACCGUCUCUGCAUUGGUAAAGAUUGGCAACUUGUCCGAUCGUUACAUCAAGGACUGGAAAGGCAACUUCCAAGUUGAUCAGUUAGUCAAGGGCCGAGUGAUCAAUGUCGACGCGGCCAUCAGCCAGGUUGAGCUCAGUCUCAAGGUUUCCGUGGUCGAGAACGAUUAUACGCCCCCUGUGACCUACAAGGACGUCAAGGAGGGCCAGAUCGUCACCGGAAAGGUCCGCAAGGUCGAAGAGUUUGGUGCGUUCAUCGUGGUCGACAACUCCCUCAAUGUCAGUGGCUUGUGUCAUCGCAGUGAGAUGGCCGAGAAGCCCGUUGAGGAUGCCCGCAAGCUCUACAACGAGGGCGAUGUGGUCAAGGCCAAGAUUCUCUCAGUGGACGACGACAGGAGGCGCAUCACCUUCGGUCUCAAGCCUAGCUAUUUCGAUGAAGAUAGCGACAUGGAGGACGUCGAUGGAGGUGCGGAACUCGACAGCGACGAGGACUCUGACGUUGAAAUGGGAGACGGCGGCGCUCAACUCACCAUCAGCGGAACCGACAACUUGGAUGAGUCGGAGGAGGAGGAUGGAGAGGAUGAAGAUGAGGAGGAUGAGGACAGCGACGUUGAUAUGGACGAGGCGACUGCCAGCAAGGGGCUUGGCUCAGGCAAGUACGACUGGACCGGGGACGCAUUCGAUGAUUCAGAAAACGAGUCAACGGCCAAAGCAAAGAAGUCAAAGACGACCGAAAAGAAGGAGAAGAAGAAGGGUGGCGAGAUCCAGAUUGACCGCACAGCGGACCUUGAUGCCCACGGACCGCAAACCGCCAUCGAUUACGAGCGUCUCCUGCUGGGUCAGCCCGACUCAUCUCAGUUGUGGAUCGAGUACAUGGCUUUGCAGAUGAAGGUCAGCGAGCUGUCCAAGGCUCGCGAGACUGCGGAGCGUGCCAUCAAGACGAUCAACAUCCGCGAGCAGACCGAGAAGCUCAACGUCUGGAUUGCUUACCUCAACUUGGAGGUGGCGUACGGCACCAAGGCUUCCACCGAGGAGGUCUUUAAGCGUGCUUGCCAGUACAACGACGAACAGGAGGUUCACGAGCGUCUGGCCAGCAUUUACAUCCAAUCCGGAAAGCUCAAGCAAGCGGAUGAUGUGUUCCAGUCGCUGGUCGCCAAGUUCAAGUCAAAGUCACCAAAGGUCUGGGAGAACUACGCCCACUUCCUCCACGUGACGAUGAACGAGCCCGACCGCGCGCGCGCCCUCCUGCCCCGCGCGACCCAAGCACUGGAGGAGCGUCACACGGCGCAGCUGAUGGCCACAUUCGGCGCCCUCGAGUUCAAGUCGCCCAACGGCGACGCGGAGCGCGGCCGCACGACGUUUGAGACGAUCCUCGCGACGUGGCCGAAGCGAUUCGACCUGUGGAACCAGCUGGCGGACCUCGAAAUCGCGGCCGCCGAGCCGGACGCCACGGCCAUCCGGGACGUGUUUGAGAGGGGCACCAAGGCCAAGGGCCUCAAGCCCAAGAAGGCCAUGAAGUGGUUCAAGAGGUGGGCCGACUGGGAGCAGAAGAUCAGCCCCAAGGGCCGGGACAAGGUGAUGGCCAAGGCCCAGGAGUGGGUUGCCGCGGCGAAGGCUAAGAAGGGGGCUGCCGCUGAGGAGGACGAUGAGGAGUAA